AAGACUAAGUUAUAUUUGUCUGUUGUUAGGCAACAAGAUUCAAGUAGUGCAACUAUCAACAAUUACAACAAUAAUAGUAACAAACGAAUUCGUGAGAUAACUCCACCAGUAAAGCAAGCAUUCUCUUUUACUGCUAGUAAACAAGGAGUGAUCGUCGAACCACUUCUUAAUUUAGUUGAGAAAGCGAUUUAUAAAUUUUUUGUUGAGAAUGAAAACUGCAAAGAAGCAUCGUCCAACAAAGAAAAUAUUGAUAACGAAGUAGUGCAACGAUGGAUCAAUAAAGCCGAUAAAGAAUACUCUCACCUACCACAAAAAAGGAAGCUUGACGAUACAAAUUUGGGAAAGAUUACAAAAUUCGUUCUUAAUAUUCUUGAGGAAACUAAAGAGAUAGAGAAGGGAGAUAAGCAGAAGAUUCUAAGAUUGGCACUAAAUGAAGACGAAUAUCUAAUAAAGCUCUGGAGAGCAAUUCAUAUGGAAGAAAAUCAA